UUUAGCGAAUGGUAACCCACAGCAGACGAUCGCGCGUGCUAAUCUCAUCACACUGUACGAAAUCAAUUUUGAUUGUAUGUUCUGUUCUAAAUUUUGGAUGGCUGUGACGAAAAUAGUGUAGUGAAAAUGACAUUGAUAUAUUGGUAAAAAUCAAAACAUUCUAAAUUAUCCAUAUUGUGAUUAUUUUAUAAUAAGUGUUAGUAUUUUGUGAGUAUUAUGAACUUUGAAGACUAUGAAACCCUCCCGACCCAAAGCUCCAUCACACACAUGACCGCCGGAGCAAUAGCGGGGGUGAUGGAGCAUUGCGUAAUGUACCCUCUGGAUUCCGUGAAGACGCGGAUGCAGUCGCUGCGCUCAGCACACAACGGCAGCAUCGCGGAGACCUUCCGGUACAUGGUGCAGCGCGAGGGGCUGCUCAGGCCAAUCCGCGGCAUGGGUGCGGUGGUGAUGGGCGCGGGUCCGGCGCACGCGUGCUUCUUCGCCACCUAUGAACAGAGCAAGCACACGCUAUCACAGCUCACCAGGCAUCGGCACGACCACAUCACACACGGUUUAUCAGGCUGCCUGGCGUCGCUCGUCCACGACGCCGUCUCAAACCCCGCCGAAGUGGUGAAGCAGCGGCUACAGAUGUUGAACUCGCCGUACCGCGGCGUGUGGGAGUGCGCGCGACACGUGUACCGCGCCGAGGGCCUGCGCGCCUUCUACCGCUCGUACGGCACGCAGGUCGCUAUGAACGUGCCGUUCCAGGCGCUGCACUUCGUGACGUACGAGUGGUGCCAGUCGCGCCUCAACCCGCGGCGCGCGUACGAGCCGCGCGCGCACCUCGUGGCGGGCGCGUGCGCGGGCGCGCUGGCCGCCGCCGCCACCACGCCGCUCGACGUGUGCAAGACCGUGCUCAACACGCAGGAGGCGGCCGGCGCCGACGGGCUGGCCGCCGCCGCCGCGCUCGUGCUGCGCGCCGGCGGGCCGCUCGCCUUCUUCCGCGGCGUGCACGCGCGCGUGCUGUACCAGAUGCCGGCCGCCGCCAUCUGCUGGCUCACCUACGAGUCGCUCAAGCACGCCCUCACCACGUUCGGGCUGACCGGCGACGAGGGAGGCGGCGCCCCGUGCGGCGCUCAGGGCGGUACCGGCUCGGCGGGGGGGCCGCUGGCAGGCUCGGCGGGGGGCCCGCUGGCAGGCUCGGCGGGGGGCCCGCUGGCCGCUGCCGCGCUGCGCCUGGCCGCCGCCGACGUCCCCGGCUCGCUCACGCGCACGUAGACGGCUGCCGCUCCACGACGAUCGAAUACGCAAAAACAAUGUUCAUUGUCCGGCGCUCAAACGUAACUCCGAAAUGAUAUUGAAGAUGUUAUUUUUAAAUUAAGCACUACGUGUAUUUUAUACUUUAUUUAGGUUUAUCUCGAGCGAGUGACUUGCGUCGUGGCUAACUUGUAGUACGCGAUCGUGUGAUAAUAUUAUAUACAAGCGCGAAUGCGAUAUUUUUCGAGCGAACGAAAUCAAAAAUAAAAAUAUAUUUACACGAAAAAGAAGAAAAAUUGCAAAAAUAUUCGUAAAUAAAAAAGCGUAUGACGCGACGUGCUCUCGUGUGUGCGUCGCCCAUAUUUAUUACUAUAUUUAAACAUUUUGUAAUUAACAAAGCGAGAAGAUAGUCACGAAUCUUAGAAAUUGUCUUUCUAUUGAUUUGAACUGUCGGCUGCACGUCGUGUUGCAGUCAGUAGACGUGAGCGACGUCGUCUCUUCGUCGUCAAACGAUAUUACGAUACCACAGAUGUGUCGUGUGUGUGGGUUCCGCGUCAAGACCAAAUUAAUGACAACCCUGAGUCAGUGUAUUACGUGUAAAAUAUAGUGCGUGUACGUGUCUCGCGUUUGUGUGCGUGCCUGCGUGUAUGUGUGUGUCUAUUUGUGUGUGUAUGUAUGUUAGUGUGUGCGCGUCGGAGCGAGAGAGCUGUGAUGUUUGUGGUUAAAUUAUGGUAACCAUCGUCUAAGUGUUGAUAAUAGUGUUAAGGGCUUGCCCGAUAUUUUUUAUUGUAUUAUUGUUUAGUUAACCGCAGUGACUGCAUGUUACCGCUGCCGUACAUACAUAUAUUGAACCAACCCUUAACGCAUGUACGUGUAGUCCGCGCCUCUGACAUUCGCGUCUAAAAUCACACUAAAUUGUAUGUAUUUUAAGAAAAAAUUAUAAUAAAUAGUCGUCAAAACAGUAUCCGCGUAAAAUUUAAAUUGUUUCAAAUAGUUUGUUAUUAUCAAAUGAGACGUAGUGCUUAGUCGAAUUGUACAUAGAGUGGACGGCCACUAUAAACUGCGCGUCUCAAAGACGCAGCACUGCCGCGCGGGCCGGGGGGGGGGGGGGGGGACUGUUAGACUUUAAUUAAAAAUUUAUCAAACCUUACUCAAAUGGAAGUGUCGGUUUCGACUGAAGCCUGUAGAGAGCCGUUUUGUUAAACCGAAGGUCUCGUGUUGUGUCCACAGCUGCGUGCGCUCCGCUCUCCGCCCGCAGCAACUUGCAUUAGUUACCGACGCGACGUCUAUAUCAAUGCAAGUCUAAAUUGAUUAGUGUAGGAAUCCCAUCAGUACCGUGCGAGUGUAACUCGGCUCCGUGGGGGGGGGGGGGGGCGACUGCGACCCCGACGUCGACUAUCUCGGCUUCUCACUCACCUCCGGCAAUCUCAAGGCUGUGAUUUGACUGUGUCUCCCCCGCGGAGCUCGUCGGAGAGAGUUGUCGAUGUAGAUAUAUUUUAAACGGUGACGGUUUCUGUCCGGCUCUGGCCGACCACGUAGUGACUCACGUACAAAUCGGUACCUAAAAUAUUAUCGAGGACAUACUGUCCAAAAUUACGAGUACAUUUUUAUUUAUGAAGAUAAAAAUUAUGAGUUGUUUAUUAAUAAAUUGGUUAAUAUUUUAUAUUUUUAAUAAUAUAUUUUUUAAAUAUACAACGAGAGAUUCAAUCUUCGGGCAUUACUACGAUCGUCCAUCGCCGCCGAUUGUCUUACUAUCCUCCAUAUUAUAUUGUUUUGCACGUGCAAAGAAACGAGUGAAUCGUUCGUAUUAGUAAAUAGAUAUAUUGUAUAUUUGUUGGAGCUGGUGCGAGUCUGCCUUGCGAGUGAGACGCAACAGAGUAUCUGUGUCGCCCACACCUGCCGACGGAGCGCGAACGCUCGCACGCCGACGCGUGUGUGGCUGCGACUCAUCGUGAGGCAGAGUUUAUUAUUGUUUGUGUACAUUGCUUUUACUUGUAUUUGUUAUGUUUAUGAGUUGUAUAGAUGAGUACGAAAUUAAAAUUUAUAGUUUUAAGAGUUAAUUGUACAGGACACGCACCAAGUGAUUGUUUAUUUAAAACGUGAGAGAAAGAAUAAACAGUUGGACAAUAAAAUGA